AUGACCCUAUAUCCAGGCCUUGGGUGCCUUACCCAGCUCUGGAUAAUUUUGGUCGCGUUGGGACUGGUACAAUGCGGCUCAGCACAAUUCUGCUCUUUCUGGAAUAGUGGAUGCAUCGACCCUCUCGCCCAGGCUGCUGUAUCCUUUCAAUUCGAACCUCUAUUCGCCGAUCCUCUCACCCUAUACUAUGCUUUCGACUCCAGCUUACACGGGAAAGGCGAAGGGCCUAUGACAAAGACAGCAUUUUGGCUCGGAUAUAAAGAUAACAACAUCAACCCAUACGCCGUUGAUAUGAACCGUACUUCGGAGAUUGCUCUACGCGUGGGGAAUCUAACAGGCACUCCAUCGGGACCAAAUAACGGAUGCGAUGGUAUUUGGGGUCCCCAUUGUUCCCAGGAUAUCCAAACUGCUCUACAGACCAUCAUCUUCAAAAUCGCUACAUCGGGUGAUUAUUAUACUCAACCUUUAGCAACAGCAUUGGACCAAUUCAUCGUCAACCAGCCUGAGUUGCCUUCCUGCGGAGCAUCUGUCUUCGAUGUUGCUGCCAUCCCUGUGCAGGAUUUUGCAUAUGAGCAGGUCCCUUCGCAAGAGGUUACCAUAAUGAAGGCAGGCGCGGGAUAUCAUCCUUGGCAGGUUUGGUAUAUCGAUCAGAUGACGGACAUCCAACAAGCCUCGCAGGUCGCCGUGGGGAUCGCUAGUCGUGCCCCUAGCUUUGGUGAUCAACCCCCGCUUACGCCUAAUGAGAUUCAAAUCGAGCUAGUCUGUCUACAAGCACCACAGGGGCCAUCCGGAUCAAAGGACAAUGAUUGA